CGUAAGCGUCGUGGCAACCUACCCAAGCCAGUCACCGCUAUCCUCAAACACUGGCUUGUCGAACAUUGUGCCAAUCCGUAUCCGACAGAAGACGAAAAGAAUUGGCUCAAGCACGAGACUGGAUUGACACUAAAUCAAAUUAGCAACUGGUUCAUCAAUGCCCGUCGUCGUAUUUUGCCCUUGAUCUUGAUCAAAGCCGCCUCUGCUGAUGGUCGGCCUUUGGAGCAUCACAGAAAG